UAAGAAAAGCGAGUAAUAUUAUCAGCGGACGAAAAUUGUAUUUUUUAUAAUUACGUCAAGAAAUGUGGUUACCGUCGAAUAAAAUUCGUAUGAAAUUUACCAACGAUUACAAUAUUAUUUCCGAUUGUAUCCAAGAUAUUUGAAUUUGUUUUACAAUCGGAAAAUAUGGUAGUUUAGUUUUUCUGCGGAGACUAUGAAUUUAAUGAGAACGCGACCAUGACACGUCAGAGAAAGCGAUACGAAACGAAGCGAUGUUCCCAUAAGACGAAGCGCAAGAUCUAUGACGAUCGAAGAACGCGCAAACACAUCUCGGAUUUUCGUGCAUGGUAGACCGUCCACUAAUCCUGGGUUUUAGGUUCGUCAUGGGUCGUGCGUAAAGUGCGUUAUGGGAAAAUAAAUGAUGGGAAAAAGCGCGAGUAAAAGGUUCUGCGCGAAAUCGGUAUGACGGAUUUGCGGUUAUUCUUCUAUUGUAUGCGCUUCGGCAAGUUGUCGGUCCGCGCGAGUGGAGGGUCUCGAAUGGCGCUCAUGUAUAAUCACCAUCACCGGGAGUGCAAUGCUAACAAGUAGUCCAGCUGACUCUGACAAAAUGGUAGGGUACUCGCAUCCUACGGGAGGUGAUAAAUUUUUACAGACGUAAUUAGAAACGCCUCCGGUAACGGGGUACAAUGAGUACUGAUAACCAUGAUCAAACGAAGCCCUGCCUCAGCAAACCACCCGCGAGAAUCGAGCUUAACGCCGACGAAAGCGUGUUCGACGGCAGGCGUAUCAAAAAGGAACGAACUGACGUUUCUAUCGAGAACGGUGAUGGCACUAUUAAUGCCGGCGUUAACGAUAAUAACAAGCAAGUGCAACCGAGUCAGCGACCGGCUGCCGGCAGAUUUUCGAACGGCUUCCACGACGGCGACCUACUUCAAGAUAUCAUCGCGGCCAAGUUCACUGCUUUGGCCAACCAUGGCACAGCUGCCAAGCACGAUAAAAUUCGGCUUAUGAUCGAAGAUACCAUCAGCGAAGACGCAAAAACACGCAUUCAGGAUAUCUUUUCACAAAUUGAACAACUCAAAAUAGAAGAAAAAUUAUUAUUGUACCUGAAACUUCCAUUAUCAUUGACUAAUACCGGGGGAACCGUUGAUCCUUUGAGACAACCAUUAAAUCCGUUAGGAAAUCGCUAUGAAAUUCAUCAAACUAUCAUGUGGAUUAAGACACAUUUGGAAGAAGAUCCCGAUGUCUCUUUACCAAAACAAGAAGUAUAUGAUGAAUAUAACAUGUACUGUAUGCGGAAUUCCAUGAAACCCUUAUCGACGGCUGAUUUUGGAAAAGUAAUGAAGCAAGUAUAUCCACGAGUUCGACCGCGCAGGCUAGGCACGCGAGGCAAUUCUCGAUACUGUUAUGCUGGAAUGCGCAAAAGAGUUAAAUUGGAUCCUCCGACAUUGCCUAAUAUAACUGGAACUCAAACUAGCGACGAUGUAGAUGAGAAUAUUACCGAAGAAAUGUUGGGAGCUGCGUCUGCAUUGAUCAGAGAAUGGGCAGAAAAUCUGUUGGGCUUGAAAUUUCCAACUUUGAGUGCCUUAGCACGUCAUCUUGUUGAUAAUCUUUGCGUUGAUACUCGAUCUCUGGCUGCUAUAUGCAUAUUGUGUGCUUCCGGAGAUACGUCUAAUACAUCGACUAAAGAGUCAACUACAGAUUUACGUGGAACAUCUCUCAGUGGAAAAUCUGGAAAACUCCGAGAAGCACAGUUACAAUUGCAACGAAAAUUACAGCAGCGAGAACACAUAAGGGAUCAAAAGCAUCGUCAUCUCGAUACUGUUAUGCAGAAUCAGAACAAAGAGAAAAUUGUCGAUAAUAAAACUGGGGCAAACAAGGGAAACAAGAAAACUAAGUCCAGUCAGUCAUCUCAAGGUACGAAUGUAUCGAGUGGACAGAACACAUUAACUAAGUUCAGUUUAUCUGCUGUAGUAACCAAUCGGCAGAAGAAAGUUCUUAAAGCUAGUAGUCAGCUAUGUAACAUCUCUCUGGAAUCCAACUGUGAUAAUAUAGUGGUACAAUCGAUCGAAGGCGUACAGAAUAAUAGCAACCCUAGUGUAGUGAUGACCAACUGCGUAAAUACACAGCGUGAUGUCAAACCUAGAAAUUCCAGAAAGCGUGCCAAUCCAAUCGUAUCGAAUCAGCCAUCAGAGACCAGCCCUGAGAAACAAACGAAACUCACGGAACAACAAAUGCAAGAGAAUGUAGAGCAUUCCAACGCGUUGUUGCCUAAACUUGCAUCUAUACAACGUCCCGAGAAAAUAUCAGUGAUACUAGCUGGUAAUUUGAAGCCUACCAAGUGCAAAGUAAACGAGGCUGUUAUCAAUCAGCCUCCUAAAAACUGUGAUAUCGAAACAUCAACAUGUUCCAAAAGUUGCGUUAAAGUAAACGGUUGUCCUAACAAUCUUGAUCCUAGUUUGAACACAACGGAAGAAUCAACAAUCUUAACUAAAGAUCAGAUUCGAUUAUUGCAAGAAAAUUCCAAUCUCAUAGGUAAAACUGAAAAGCUUUGUUCGAUCGAUUCGGACUCUUUAGAUGAUUAUUUAAACGGAGGUAACAAUUCCCAAGAGCAAGAGGAGGAAUUAUUGCAGUAUUUUCAACAAAGUAGCUCGUCGAGUUCAGACAUGGAAGCUAACGCUAUCGCUAUCGACGAACAAAUAUCAAGAUCUGACAAAGUAUCGCAACUACGACUAAUAUUACAACAAAAUUUAAAAGCAGGAACCAUGCAUGCACCCGUCGAUGUAUUACCCGCUGCUAUUAUCAGGCAGAACAUCGAGAAACGUGAAAUUACUCAGAAACAUAACUUGAUAUUACCAACAUUGCUAAAUCAUUCGAAUCAAAGUAAUACCAGACGUAGAGUCAGUUUCGAAACGAAUGUCGUGGAACAUGUACAAGAUACAAACGUUAUCGCUAACACAGUACCGCAAAGUCCGAAUACACGUCGUAGAAUAUUUAAUUUUACACCGAUAUCGCCAGGACCACACUCGCCCAUUAAUGGUCGCGCUUCCAAGUCUAAUUCUGCAAAUGCUAGUCCAUUUGUUUCACCGCGUAAUACGCCUGUUCCACGCUCGAGAAGUAAUUUGCAAGCGAGUAGUUCCAGGGCACGUGCUCACAAAUCGUUGUCACGUUCGAUAUCUUGUAGCAUGCCUUACACUAGUAAAAACGAUACUUUCGUCGUCCCAACGAGUGGUCCAGAUUUAGUUAGACAAGCAUCCACACCACAGUUGUCAUUGAUUUCUACAAAAUCAUCGGAAGUACAGGUUGACAGCGGUACAACGCAAAUGUCUGUUACUUCGAAAAGAGAAGGACGGGGACCGCAAUGUGCCGCAUUUUUAUCUUCCGAUUUAGCACCACAGAAACAAUUGCUGAUCAACUAUCCGAGUCAAGAAAAUUUGCAAGAAAUUAAAAAUGUUUAUCAAAAGAACCACCCCGAUCAAGAAAUCAGCGAAUUGUUUCACGGGAAUAAACAGUUUACCAACGAACUCUACAGAUCGCAAUCAGUUCCGUUACAUAGAAUGGUCAAUCCUGCGCUAAUGUCACCUAUUUCAACUCAACAUUGUUUAUCAUUUCAAAGUCCGAGUUUUAAUCCGUCUACAAGCAGUUCUAUAGCGCCUACACCAGUACCUAGCGAGUUUAACGAUUUUGGAUCAAUCGGUCAAUCAGAAGGAACUUCGACGUAUUUACUUGACGACGUUGAUCCAAAUUUCAUGUCGGAUGAUCAACAUUUCUUAAUAGGCGAUAAAGAAAUUACGUCUGAAAACAUAACAAAUAUAUUGAAUAUUUUGGGCGAAGACGGGACACAAAGCUUACAAAUUUUACCAGAACAACCCACGGAAGAAGGUUUAAUAGAAAGUAACGCGAUAGUGUUGGAUGCUUUACCAAAUUCAAACUUAAACUUAUCGGAAGAUGAUAUGUUGGACCCGUCAAAUGUACUCGAUAUUCCAGUCGGUGGAGCCUUACAGAAAAUAAUACAAUCUCGCUCCUAUCCCAAUACACCGCUACCUGUGCCAGUAUCUACAUAUACACCAUCUUACGCCGAAGACAGUAACGGAUCAAGAUCGUAUCCUUCAACACCGUUGCAUACAGUUCAAUCGCAAGAAACUUAUCAGGAGACUAAUGAACCGAUGCUUUCGAGUCCUACGCUUAAUUCUUUGAACUUACAUAACGAAAAUGGAAAUGAGUCUGCUUCUGGUAGUUUGUGUAGAAAUGUUGUGGAUUUGCUUGAGGCUAAUUUUCUCGGAGAAACUGACACAGAAACAAAUGAUUUGGACCCACUUGGUAAUUUCGAUGAAUUGCAAGACGUUGAUUCAUUAACACCUUUGUUUAACGAAGUGACAGAGCCUAAUCGUUGAAAGCGUACGCAAAAGUAAUUUGUGGAUCUUAAAGUUUCGCAUAGUGAUCUACCAAAGGUUGAAAAAAUAAUUCAACUCGUAUGUUUGUAUGACUUCUUUGAACGAUGAUAAUACUUUGCAUAAGUAUUUUACUUUAAUACGCGAAGCGUUAUAGUGGCAAUACGAUAAACAAGUCUUAGUUCCUUGUGCUAAUAUCAAAUAAUUAGUGUUACAGUGAUCAAAUAAUUAUGUAUUUGAUCUUCUUUCGCAACAAAUAUCUAUUUUAUAUUCAAUGGAAUUACAAUAGCAAAACUUUGACUUGCUUCCUUUCGCAGUUUUGUCAUGAUUUACUUGGCUUUGUAAUUUUCGACGAUUUCUCGAAUUAUUAAAAACUCUACUGCCUAUAUAAUACAUAAUAGAAAAAUUGAUACCGAUUGGAACUAAUGUUAUCAAUUAUCUUCUUAAUUGCAGUACCGUAAAAAAAUAACGAUGAGAGCAGCUCACGAUGGGAAAAUCAGAUACAAAAGAAAAUAUUAAAAAAUUUGAGCGGUAAAUUAAGAAUAACUUCGAAGCAGUUAUAAGUGUACAAUUCAAUUUAAUCUAUAAAGAGCAGAAAACAAAGUGCGUAACUGCCAAUUAUAUUCAUCUUAGACUUGUGUCGCUUAUUCGUUAAAGUAAGUAAAAGAAAAAAAAACACUGUGAUGCAAAUGUAAAUCUCUGAAGAUUGUAUAUUUCUUAAAUUUGCCACUAGUGAAACUAAAAGUGUAAAUGUCUCCAGUGGAGUUUGAGGUGUCUUUGGUGGAACAUUGAGUUUGCAAGUGUGAAAAAAGACGAAGAAGUUGCUCAAACAGAGCUAUCGUCGCUGUGAAGCAUUUGAGAUUCGAAUAAGUGGAAGUUGAUUUUAUAUAAAUACUUUAUAUUCAUCGUUUCGAAACGUUUGUUUCUAAGUCAUUUAAGAACGCGUUAUUGCGACUUUGUUAUUCAAGCGUUUCUAAGAAAUAUUUACGAAUCACCUGCUGGACAUUGGUGAGCUUCUUUUUACAUAACAAUCGGUAUUGAACCCAGUACAUAAUACAUUUUCAAACCAAGAAAAGUUAAUGAGUGUGUAUAUAAAUUUGUAAAUGUUUAACAUCUUCGUAUUUUUAUAGAUUUUAAAAUGUAAAGUUUCUAUUUAAUUGGCAAAUCACAUUUUAAAUCAGAAGUACUCAAACUUCGUAAGUUUAAUGUUAUUAUUUUAAAGUUUUACUUGACUUUUUUUCAAUUGUAUUUUUUUAAUAUUUUAAAUUUAUUGUUCGAAUAGCUAUCGUGUUUAGAAUUGUUAUAAAUCCGUUACUCAGUAUUUUUAAUAAAUUCCAAUUUUCGUAUGGUACGCGCCGUAUCGCUGAUUUUUUUUUUUAAAUUAAUUUUUGACGCGCGAUCCCAACAAAUUUCGCCACACCUGUUAUUAUCUCUUUUUUUUUUUAGAUAGCGUAUCAAACUUUUGUUCCAGAUCUGGUUUUUAUAUAUUCGUUGGAUCACUCGAAGAUGAUCAAAAUUUUGACUAUUAACUUAAAAGUUCGAGGACUUGUGUUUUUUUAAAAAAAAAAAGUUAUGCUUCAGAAAAUUUAAAAUUGUACAUUUAAAUUCCGUACUGGAUUCUGCAUCGAUAAUCAUACGAAAUAAUGAUUGCUAUGGCGGAUCUUCCUGGUAUGUCGUUUUGUUUGUUAAAGAAUUUCGAAUUACCAUAAGUACACCGCCAAUUUAUAUUUUUCUAUGGCGCUCUCGACGAGGAUUUUACGAAUUGGAUAGUUUAAUCAAUUUUUAUUCCUACGCAUCGUGAUUACUUAGCUUUCGAAGCAGAAAAGUUAGAUAUUUCAUAGAAUAUCCGCGUAACGUACUUAUCGUUCGCGGCUAAUGAAUUUCAUCGUUUACAAUUAUUUUUCACGUCGAAGUCUUAAAGAUGCGCUUCACAUCGUUAAGUAUUAGAUUUUUAUAAAAUACGGGGUAAACGUAGUUUACUCGCAAAUGAUCACACACCCACGACAUUUGCAAAAAUUCUGUAUUAUCAUUCUGUAAAGGAUUAUAUGGCGUUAAAUAGUUAACACCAUGUAAAAUGUUAUAUAGUAUGAUUUUUGUGAAAUCUUGUUUUUUAAAAGUUACUAUUGACAUACGAAUAACAUGAACCAAAUUUUCUGUUCUUAUAUCGCUUAACUUGUGUAGUAACCGAAUAAGAGAUUAGCGCGACAAUAAAAACCGAAGAUAAUUAUUUAUUUGACGAUUACAUUUUUGUACAGGUAAUAUCGAUUUCUUUGUAUUUGUUUCUCGGUAUGUUUAAUUAACUAAGAAAGAAUUUUGAAAACGUUAUUUGGUUCAUGCUAUUACUCUACAAGGCACUACAUUGCUAAUACCAGUUUUUAAUCGCCGUUUCACAUACCGUAACUAAAUAAAUAAACAUAUGUGGGAAUCUGAAAAAUGUCGAAUCUUGCGAAUUUAAAUAAUGUACGAUGAUUUAAAAUUUACAACAUGCGUGUCUGUAUUAACCUUUUGAAGCAUACAUCGAGUAAACGUAAUAAUCUAAAUGUUCGAAAUAUAUUUUUUAAAUUUGGAGAAAAAUUCAUUUCGAUUGAAAAUAAUCAUGAAGCAUAUUAUGAAGUAACGAGACGAACAAAACGAAAAUUGAAAAACAGCAGAACAUUAAGUCUGAGGUAUUAUAAAAAUAUGAAUAAAGUAUAUUUUUCUAUGGCUAUUUUGAUUCAACAUUAUCGAAAACGAAGUAAAUUAGAAAUGAAAAGAGUAAAAUAUUAGUGACACUUCAAAGGGUUAAUGAACAUUUUUUGUAAUCAUAAUACAAACAUUCGUAUAAGCAAACCAAACUUGGCUACCCACACAGUCUGAAAUACAUUGAACACACUUUUUUUAUAAAAUGAGUUAUGCGUAGUGCAAAUAUUUUAUAAUAUUGAACGACCAUAAGACGGUAAUCUUAUUGUAAGGCGAGUUGUGAAUUGUACAGACGCAAACAUCCGAUGAACCAAGUAGUGAUUUGGAAAAAAAACGUCGACCUUUCAGGUUGUGAAAAAGAAAAAAAUGACGAAAAAAAGGAAUAUAAUCGUGCAAGUAUAGAAAGUUAUUACACAAAAUGAAUAACUUUCGUUAACUUGACCAAAUGAUCGAAGAUCUUGGAAAUUUCUGUAAUAGUAUAGCUAUUUGUAACUCGUAAGUAAAGUCAUGUAUUACGAUAUUACUUGUUGUUAUACGCACAAAAGAUUUUAGAUAGGAAUUAUUCAAUAUUAUAUCGUAUAAUUAGAGUUUGUCUGUGCUGUUCGAUUAAUGAUUUAAAUUUAUCUAGAUACAGAUAUCGAAGCAUUUUCAUGCAACUAGUGCAAUAACUAUAUUUUUGUUUGUUUGUUCGAAAAACUAUUCUCAUCGAUAGAUAUUUACGAUACAUAUUAUUAUAAAUAUCGAACGUUGCUCAUGCAAUUAAGAACACGAGAAUGGAAGUAAAUCGUCAAAAUUGAUACUGAUAUCUAGAAGUGUAACGUAACAGCACUGAUUUAUAAAAUGAAAAUGCAGAAACAAAUUAUAUUGAAACAUGUAUACAUACAUAUUUACACGAACAGUCAAUAGAUAUAGCUAUAUUUAAACAAAGUAAUAACAACAACAGUCUUGUCUAUAUGAAAUCAUGGCUAUCAUUUUGCAUUAUACAAUGUAAUUUGAAGGGAAACGAAAAUAUUCUAACGAGACAAGAUUGUUUGAAUGGGCAUAGUAUAACUAAAUUACAAUACAAUCUAACUUUGCACUGUAUUUUUUGCCUCCAUCGGAAGUUCAUCCAUCUAUAAGUUAUUAUCCGUUACGAUUCAUCGGUGAUUUUCUAUUUCUUACAAAAAUCAAUACUUAGUUCCAUAAUGCGGCGUAAUAUAUUUCUGUACGAGUGCAAUUUCAAUUAAGGUAGUAUUUCUUUCAACGAUACAAAUUUCGAAGGAGAAAAAAAUGGGGUACAAAUGGAUCAUUACUCGGAUAUUAAUAAUAUUGCAUGGGUAGGACAAUUUUAUAGAACAGUAAAAUGUAUGUCGUAAUUGUAGUAUGCAAUAAUUUAUCAAUUGUCACUAUUAGAAAUACGUAGAACGGAAUAAUUUUCAUAAAACAAGAUCCAUCGAUCAUCCUUUUUAAAAAUUGUUGUCGAACCUCUAUUAAUUUGAUUUGUUCAAAUUUUAUGUGCCUGUAUCAUUAUAUUUAAAGAACGUUCUAUACAUCAAUUACUAAGGUACAUUGACAUUUGCAAGAAUAUGAAACAAGUACAAUGCUUGCAAGUUACUUUUAUAAUAGUUAUCGAAAACAAAACUCGCCUUGCUUAUUUUCCGUCAAAUAUUAAUAAUAUAAAUAAUCUUGCUACACUUAAACGAUCUGCGUUUUGUUUAUUCUCAACGAUACGUAUUACUUUCGAUACAUGAAAGGUGGACCUGGCGAUAUUAUGUGGCUACCGCUGCUCCAGAGGCUUAUCGAUCUUCGAAGGAUCGUUUUUUUGGAUUCUUCAAGAUCCAUUUGCUUCGUUAAAAAAAAUUCCUCUACCCAUUUUGUAUGGUCGAAUGUCAGGUGGACUAUGUUAAGCAAUAGGAAAGCGGUAUUCCUAUUGCAUGUGCUAGUGUCACUGGCAAUUUAAUUUGCUUUGUAAAUAAAAGUUCUUUUUUAGAAAAAAAAAAA